AUGGCCGACACCGUCCCAGAUGAGGACGCGGCCCAGGAUGAGAUUGUUCCCUCUAAGACAAUGAGAAGACUGCAAGCCUGCUGUCCGGGACUGCGCAAGAAAAGCCAGUAUUUUGACCAAUGGCUUAGCUCCAGAUGGUCACUUUGGCAGAGUGUCUGCUUGUUGAGUGUUUUUGUUCUUAGCUGCUCCGGCAAAUUUGUGCUGGGCGAAGUCGUUUACACUGAGAGCAUCAAUUACUUUUCCUACCAGGUUGUCACCAAUGCGGCAUCGCUGCUGUCCUCGCUCACGGUAUCCUUUACUAUUGAAGGCUGCCACGCAUACGAGAAGAUCUUCUCUGGGAAAGCACUGUGGCGAUUCACGGGUGUCUCUUUCCUGUUCACCUGCGCCAGUGCACUGGUAGCGCUCUCUCGAUGGGCUGGCACCUCCAACGUUCAGAUAGUAACUGUUGGAUACCUGUAUCUUCCGUUUGCCGUCAUUAUGAGCUACUACGUGUUCAGCCGCAACUACGGCAAGUUGGAGUGGCUGACGCUAGGCAUGAUGACGAUGUCUGUCCUUACCUUCGUGAUGCUGCGAGAGCAGUAUCGAGACUUAGAGGAGCGAGGAGGGGAUGGCCACCCUUUGGUCAGGCUCAAGAAAUCCUUCACUCCGGCCGGAUUCUCUUUGCUUGUCUGCGCCGUUAUCCUCAGUGCCACAGGCUCCAUUUUUGCCGAAAGAAUAUACAAGCACAAAUCGCGGGGAUUGACCUGGUGGCAGGGUCGUUUCUACAUCAUGAAGGUGCACAUCGAUGUCACUGCUCUCUUCCUCAGCCUCAUUCUGUGGGGCAUCAGCCAUGUUCUCAUAGGAAGGGAGGAUGCGUUCUCGGACUGGUUCGCGAAGUGGGCAAGUACUCCUGAGUGGUUUGGCCGCUGGACACUUUGGCAUGCUCUAGUGAUUGCGGUGGACGUCAUCCAAGGAUGGUCUGCAGGAUUGAUCACCAAAGAGCAUUCCACAUCCUUUAAGGCGAUUGUGCAGACCCUGUGCUACAUCUUCACCAUGCUGGUGGAGGACCCCGUCCUCGGAAACAGGUGGGGGUUCCAGUCGCGGGAGCUGCCAUCGAUCAUGCUGGCAGUGAUCCUCGUUCUGUCGGCUAUUGUGUUCCAAACCGGCAGACAUUACGUGAAGGUGCGUGAGAGAGCCGCGUGCAUGGAGGCUGGCCAAUCCAGCACUGACAGUGACCUCACGCUCCAGGCAGCACAGUCCAGUGCCAGUGAACUGUCGCUCCAGGAGAUCACGCCAGAACCGCAAGCCAAGCCGCAGAUAGCGGUCGCUCUGUUGUACUCUUGGAAAGCUGCCUGCCGGAAGUAUUUCCUCAUUGUGCUCUACAUUUUGUCGGAUGCAAUCCGCAAUCUCACGUUGGCGAAGGCUCUCAGCUCGACAAGCAUCAACCCCAACUCCAUGACGCUGGUGGUCUACCUGACGGGUGUCGUCAUCGCGUCUGGGCUAACCCUGUACGUGGAGGGAGUGAGCGGUUUGAAGACUGCGUGGAAUCCGUGGAAGAUUCUGAAGUGCAUGCCUCCGGGAUUCCUCUAUGCCUUGACAGCAACUCUGAUCAACAUGGCUUUCUCGCAAGGCAUGAAUGCAGCUUUGGCGUUGAUCAUCGGCAAGUUUUACACGCCUGUGGCAGCCAUUGGGGCAGGAUGGGUAUUGAAGAGAUAUUACAUGUGGUUGGAGUACGUGGCGAUCGGGAUCUUGACUCUAGCGAGCAUGAUUUUUGGCUACCUGCAGGCCUUUAGUCCUGGAUCGACUCCGGAGUGGAUACAGAAGUCAAAUUCGCUGCGGGUGGCGAUGUUGUUGGUUCUCGGCUCUUCCGUUGCGGCGGCCUUCAACUCCUUGCUCACCGAGCGGAUCCUGAAGGGGGACCAGGCACGCUACCACGUGCAGAAGGUGCGCCUUGAUGCAGCGUGCAUCAUAUCUACCAUGGGGCUCAUUCCGCUCAUUGCGGUCAUUUCUACGAGGGCACAGGACAUUCCUUGGGCCUUGAGACCUGUUGAUGCUUCAUGUCCAGCAGAGUCCGUCUGCUUUCAAGAGAAUGGUUGUGAAAAUCCAGCCUGUGACUGCGCUUGUGCCAGCGGAAUAUUUGCUGGCUGGAUUCCGAGCGCCAUUGGUGUCAUUGUUUUAGCACUGGCCAUCAACACAGGCUAUGGUUGGCUGGUCGGCAAACUUGUACAGGCCUUCUCAACAGUAGACCGUGCCAUUGCAGACGCGUUCAGCUUGCUUCUGGUGUACUUCAUAGGCGAUCCACUGAUGAAUGGUACAAGCCUGGGCAACAUGUGCUUGAAUUUGGUGGCUUUCAUUGUGCCGCUGAGUACAAGCAUUUUUGCUGUGGCAUCCUCUGAGUUUCAGAGAGCCACACAAGCUGCGCACCUCAUAGAAGGUAAGCAGACCAAUGAGACCGAAGCAACAGACUCUGAAGAAACUCCAAGCGACACCGGCGAUUCAGACAGUGACUGCUUGCAGUGCUGUGACGACGAAGAGGCGGCUCUUUCGCCUUCCAAGCGCUGGGCUGACGGUGAAAGUGGCAAGAGGACACUGCCGUCAGGCGACACUGCUGCACCUCCAUGA